ACUUGCCUUGGAGUAGAAAAACCAAAAUUUUUAUAAAGCUAGCAAAAAAAUUAAAAAAACAUAAAAGAAAAAAUGCAAAAAAUGGAAUACUACGAGGUUGCGGGAUUAACAAUAGCGAUCCUACUAUGGGUUGCAAGGGUAAUUGUGACGGAACGUCGACGCCGUCGAUUGGAGGCGGUUGGACAGCUUCCACCAGGGCCGAGAUGGUGGCCAGUGGUCGGCAACAUUUUUCAACUGGGUUGGGCACCGCACGAGUCGUUUGCCAAAUUGGCCCAAAAGCACGGUCCGAUAAUGACACUUUGGCUAGGCUCUAUGAGCACCGUGGUCAUCUCCUCCAACGAAGUGGCUCGUGACAUGUUCAAGAACCACGAUGUGGUGCUGGCUGGUAGAAAAAUCUACGAAGCCAUGAAAGGUGACCAUGGCAACGAGGGUUCUCUCAUCACGGCUCAGUAUGGACCCCACUGGAGGAUGUUAAGGCGACUCUGCACCACCGAGUUCUUCGUCACGAGUCGUCUCGAUGCCAUGCGAGGUGUGCGCAGUAGGUGCAUAGAUCGAAUGGUGCAGUUCGUAGAGCAUGCUAGUAGUAGUGCAAGCAAUACUACUAACACUGCCAUCGAUGUUGGGAGGUAUUUUUUCUUGAUGGCUUUUAAUCUGAUUGGGAACCUCAUGUUUUCAAAGGAUCUUUUGGAUCCCAAAUCGGAGAGAGGGGCCAAAUUCUUUUACCAUGCAAAUAAAGUCAUGGAGUUGGCUGGGAAGCCGAACGUUGCGGAUUUCUUGCCGGUUCUACGGUGGCUUGACCCGCAGGGCAUUAGGAGGACCACCCAGUUUCAUGUUGAUCGAGCUUUCGAGAUUGCCGGAGAGUUCAUCAAAGAUAGGAUGGAAAGCAUGGAGGAAGUAACAACACUAGAACACCAAGAUAAGAGAAAGGACUUCUUGGACGUGCUCUUGGAAUUCCGUGGCAACGGUGUGGAGGAGCCUUCUUCUUUUUCUUCAAGAACCAUCAAUGUUAUCGUCUUUGAGAUGUUCACUGCGGGAACAGACACAACUACAAGCACGCUGGAGUGGGCAAUGGCUGAGCUUCUUCACAACCCAAUAACACUGAGAAAAGCUCAGGAUGAACUGAGGAGAACCUUAGGUCCUGACAAUAAGCUGGAUGAGAAAGACAUAGAGAACCUCCCGUACCUCAAAGCGGUCAUCAAAGAGACUCUGAGACUUCACCCUCCUCUUCCUUUCUUAGUCCCACACAUGGCCAUGGACUCUUGCAAGUUCCAAGGCUACUAUAUUCCAAAAGAAACUCAAGUUCUCGUGAAUGUUUGGGCAAUUGGGAGAGAUCCAAAGACAUGGGAAGACCCUUUAAAGUUCAAGCCAGAGAGGUUCUUAGAGCCUAACAACUUGGAUUAUAAAGGACACCAUUUUGAGUUUAUUCCAUUUGGUUCCGGCCGACGAAUUUGUCCGGCAGUCCCGCUUGUUUCUCGGGUGCUUCCAGUGGCUUUAGGGUCGCUUCUACACUCUUUUGAUUGGGUUUUGGCAGACGGGAUUAAGCCGGAGGAGAUGGAUAUGACUGAAAGGAUGGGCAUAACGCUAAGAAAAGCUGUUCCUUUGAAGGUUAUACCAAUACCCUACAAAAAGGGCCACCUUGGAGACUAAUUGCUGCCUCUAUUUAUCAUUAUUCUACGUGUUCGUGCCAAUAGUUCAGUGUUUUGUUUUGGUAAUAAAAAAAAGAUACCUCUUCGUGGUGUCAUACGCAUUAAACCGAAGCUUUGCGCCCCACAGAUUUACCAGGAUGGGAUCAUAGGAAGAAAUAACUCGGCGUGUUUAGUUUCUCUGAUAGAAUUUAUUGAAAGAUAUUGUGGGAUAUUUUUGG